AUGAUGUCCAAGGCUCCAAGGUGGCAUGAGACCCUGGUAAACUCUAAGCCCAAACAACCUGCGCCGAAGGCAGCGGGGAAGGAACCAGCAGCGUUAACUGUACCUGCAUCUAGUGGAGGUAAACAAGCUGACAGCAAAACCAGCGUUAGUUAUGGAAGGAGCAAAAGCCUCGGCAGCAGAGUUAGUGAGUCAACUGCUAGCAUCAGUAAGGCUGGUGACAGUUUGAAAAGAGGCAGCGUCAGCCAGCAAGGACACCAGAGUACCAGACGAGUGUCUCGCCCAGGCAGACAAGCUCUCCGCCUCUGCAGCAGCCGGAGCUUUUCGUCCCUCCAGACUUCCUCUCUCAUUGCUGCUCCUUUCAUGAAAAGCAGCCGCUCUCUCAGCAGACUCGACCAAAGAUCCACUGGAGACGAUUCAGACCAUGCGGUUCCAAGUUCACAAGUAAAAAAAAAACAAACAGCAGGAAAGAAAGCCCCGGACUCUGGCCAGCAAAUCAGGGAUAACAAAGACCAGUUUUAUGGUGAUGAGGCGGAGAAAAUGAAAACAAGCAGCUCCUCUGAGCAACCGGAGUCUUCCUCCUCUUUGGUUUCCACCACUGCAUGUCAUCAUCACUGCAACAAAGUAAAGAAACAGACCAGAGAUGGAGUGCACACGCUCUGUGCUAUGACCUCUGGGAUGAGACACAACUGGGUCCAAGCAGUGUUGAAUAAUGUGAGAUCCAGUCCUACCGCUGACGUCACAAGCUCCCUUUCAGAGCAAAAAGCUCAACUGAAAUCACAGCAUCAGGACUCACAGUCGGCUGAGGGCCUGGAGAAAGUUGAACACCCAAACAGCCUUUUGCAAGAGCACAACACCAGAGGCUGUGCAGAGGAAACACACGAGCAGCAGAAAAGACUGCAGCCAGAAGCAGAGCUGAGUUCUGCUGAUGGAAGCUCUGCAUCGUCUACAAUAUCCUCCCAUCUAUCCUCCCAUCUGUCCUCCCCCAUCUCACCCUCCGCCUCCUCUGCUCGGUCUACUGUCAGUCCUCCACGGCAGGUGGUGGAGGGUGAAGGUGUGACUGAAGCAUCAUCGUGUAUUGAAAGAAGUGGAAGUGCCAGCUCUAUUUCCACAACAAUGCUGUCAAAUGUUGAAGAGAAUGAUACAUUGUCCAGUGAGCAGCAAACUGGGCAACUUGUCAAAGAGAAUGAUCUUCUGUCAAACUCGUCUUCAGAACAAGCAUUGGCUUCGCAGCGACUGCACAAGAUAAACCAUGAUCUCCGCCUUGAGCUGGAGGCUCAAAAGAGUAGCCAUGAGGAAGCCAGGGAAGUUGAACUACGGCGCAGGGUAGAUCUCUUAGCUCAACAAGCCCAGUUACUGGUCACGGGCGAUGCCACGGCACUCGCACAAGCCCAUAUAGAGCAAGAUCGCCAGCAGUUUAAUGAGCAGAAGAUGGAGUGGGAGCGUUGCGAGGCUUCCCUGAAGUCCCAGCUGAGUGCCAGUGAGGAGCAGAGGAAGGAGGCGGUGUCACACUUCACACAGCUGCAGCAAGAGUUGCAGAGUUACAACAGUCUCCAACAAGAGGCUGAUCGCUUGCACAAACAUCUACAGGAGGUGACAACUCAACUUCAAGCCAAUGAGGAGGCACAGGCUCAAAAAGAGGCUCGCCUGGAGGAGCACCUCAUGCUCCUACAAGCGAGUCAGGACAGAGAACGGAGGAGCUUGGCUGCUAGCCUGGCUAAGGCAGAGCAACACACACAAGACCUCCAGAAGAGACUGGACAUGUCUGAGCUGCAGGUGGAUAGCCUGAAUAAGACUGAGACUUGGACCAGGGACAUUGAGGAGGCUCAACAACAGCUUCAAGAGGAGCUAGUGUGUACAGUAUCUGCUGUGCAGAAACUUCAAGAGGAGAGAGAGCAGCUUGACCAGCACUGUCAGGAGCUGCAGAACCAGUUAUGUGAGGCGGAUGAGGAGGUGAGCAGGCUGCAAAGUCGCUUGAAAACAGAUGAGACGCACUACUACAAUCUUGAGCACUCAUACGAGAGAGUGAGUGAGGAACUGCAGCUGGCCUUAGGCAGGGAGCAGCAAAAGGACGCUGAUACACAGGACAUACGAGAAGGCUAUGAGAGACUCCUGGACAGGAAGGAGCAAGAACUGAGUGAAGUGUUGUUGAAGAUGGAAGUUUUAGGUAACAGCCUCGAGGAGACAGAAGUGAAGCUGAAUGACAUGUUGAAGGUUUGCAGCUGUGACUUUUCUCAGCAGAAAGAUAAAUCCUCAGAGCCUGCUCAGCAAAAGGAGGGAGAUACUGAUCUUCUCACUGACCGCAGGCCGAAGUUUGAACAUGCAGGAGAUGCAGAAAAGUUUAUGUCUGUGAUCCAGGUACUUGAAUCCAAGCUUUACGUAACAGAGGAGAAGCUAAGGGACAUCAUGCAAAGACUGGAGGAGCACCAGAGUCACACUAGCUGCCAGGAUCCCCUUCUUUGCUCCCAGCUCACUCAGAGCCGAGCCACUGCUCAGCACCUCAGUCUGCUGCUUCACAGUCAGGCCAAGCAGAGCCAGCGCUUCGCACAGGAGACAGAGAGCCGCUGCAGGAUGUUGGUCGGUAGGUUUCAGAUCGCACUGAACAUCAUACGAGCCUGCAGAGGGAGGCUCCAAGCCGCUCCGAUUAAUAUCACAGAUUUCGAUAAGCAACUAGCCGCAGUUGCUUCCUGCCUUCAGCAAGGAGAGAAGGAUGCAGAAGAACAGCAGCAUGAAUCUUUUAACGCCAGCAAGGGAGAGGACAAGAUCCUCAAUGAAGAGACGUUAGCUGGAGCUGAGAGCAACAGUAAAUCCCCUGAUACAUUAUUCUUAGAGGAUGACGUGGAAAGUGUUGGGAAGUGUUUAAUGAGGGAAGUGUUUGUCGUAGAAAAAAUGGUGUCGGUCCUUCAGAGUCAACAUGGCAUUAUAUCCUUAGCACCAGGAGAGGAUGACAGGGAUUUGGCAUACAGGUACAAAAGCAUAAUCUCCCAAAGAAUAGCCUUAAAAACAGAAAAAAGGACUCAUUCUGGGAAGGCAGAAUGUGACAACAAUGAACCUUUACAGAGGGUCAUCGGUGGAGUCUGUGCUGAAGCGGAGCUCAUUUAUGCUGCCCUGAAAUUUCAGCAGCAAUAUGAGAGCACGACUCACGUAAAUAAUCAAGAAGCGGAGCAUCAAAGGAAGAGUCUGGCAGAUGUCAACCCCCCAGAGUUGGCCUCUUACGAGGAGCAAGUGCAUGGAGAGGGCAGAGGUUCAGAAGGAGCUGCAAAACCAGUUGAAAGAGAUGAAUCGAAUGUCCAAAAGGUGGAGGCAGAGAAAGAUCCAGAGUGGUUGGAGAGACUUACAUCCCGGCUGCAGAGAAGGGCUAAAUUCUUACGCCACCUCUGCCAGGAAGUUUCUGAUGGCAAUGGAGUAGAGGGUAGUGUGGAUGAUAACUGGGAAAAUGCUUCUGCAGCUGACCUUAAUUGGAUGCAGGAGCAGGCAAAGUUGAUUUAUUUGUCAGACAGAUUGCAUUCGGAUUUAGAGCACCAGCAAAGUGAGGUGUUACAGGACAAACUGCAAGCUUUGUGUGAAGAGCAGGAUAGCACAUUAAAGGAUGAGCAGCAGGCUUUUAAUCACACCUUAUGUCAGCUUCAGGAGGACAACAGCGUAUUAAGAGAAGAACUAGAGCGUGCUGAGCAAAACAUAAUAUCUGUAGAGACUGGGAACCAGACACUACUGGAAGACAUACAGAAAAUCGAGGAUUAUCACGAGGAACGGAUGAAUAAACUGGAAACAGGAUUUCAAGAGAAGAUAAGGGAACUGCAACAGAUCCAUGAAGAAGAGAUGAAACAUGUGCAUGCUUACUACACCAAGUCAUCCAAAGAGAAACAGAACAAAACCUGCACAGAGACACCUCCCUUCACUAAAACCCUACCAGAGCAAACUGCGAUGGAGAGAAAAACAAUGCUGGCAGGUGGUGAAGCAGCCAUGAGGGAGGCUUACCAGAAAGAUAAACUUGAGGCAUCCUGUGAUCAAGGGCUCACUGCUGUGGAGGAAAUGCACAAGCAUCUGAUAGGUGAUCUACAGAAGCAGCAUCAGGCGGAGGUGGCAGCACUGAUGAAGGAGAAAGAAAAGCUUCUGCAGGAAGAGACAGCUGCCACAAUGGCAGCCAUUGUAGCGAUGAGGAGAGCCCACAAACAGGAGCUGGAGAAAAGCCGUCAUUCUCAGAUUAUCAAGGAGAGCGCUGACAUCACACAACUGCACGUUGAAUAUGAGAAGGAGAUCAAGUUGAUGCAUAAGGAGCUCGAGGUGUUGUCGGUUCAGCACACUCAAAAAUGCCUGGAAACCUCUCAGCUGAGCCAGGAGCUGCAGGAGGAGAGACAAUCCUUGAUGCAGUACCAAAAACAAAACCAGGAGCUCAAAAAGAAGCAGAGAGAAACAGAUGAAAUGUCUCAGCUUUUCUCGUUGAAUGGGAAACAGUCACAUGUUUCCCCUGAAGUAAACGACUUCUAUGAAAUGGAGGUGAUUCUGCGGGCGAGGGAGGCAGAAAUGCAGUUUCUCAGACAGGAAGCUUGUUCUCUUAAGGAUGAGUUACAGAUUGCUCGAAUGGACAAAAUAUACGCCCAGAACAAGCUCAAGGCCCUCUAUACGAAAAGCCAAGAUGAAGCCCGUCAAGAUGUCCAGUUUGGCACUUGGUCUCUGAACAGAGACGCUUCAGGACAGAGACUCGAGGACACUGUGAAAAACACAAGUAAAGCUGCUUUUAAGAAGAAAACUGAGAAAUCCUCCCUCACACGUCAGAUCAGAGGAGUGAGAUCAAAGAGUUUAAAAGAAGGCCUUUCUAUCCAAGAAAGAAUGAAGUUGUUUGAGUCUUUCUGAUCCAAACAACAUGAGAAGGUGGAAUCUGUGUUUCUGAGUAAAACUGCUGUUUGGUCAGUGCAGUUUAUAAACAGGGGAUGUAUUAAAUAUUAUUUAUUUUAUGUGUAACUUUUAUUGCUUGUUGCUGAUCUGCUAUUAGCUUCGUGUGUGUGUGUGUGUGUGUGUGUGUGUGUGUGUGUGUGUGUGUGUGUGUGUGUGUGUGUGUGUGUGUGUGUGUGUGUGUGUGGGAGUGAAAGAGCAUCAGCAUACCACCAGAGGGAGCAACAAACACUGUUUUUUAUAGAUUAACAUUUCUUAGUUUGAUAUUAAAUAUAAUAGUAAUCACAAAUAAAUUAUAUUUAUAUUUUGGGCCUCACAGGAUAUUGCUCAGUGUAACUUAGAGACACACCAUUUGUGAAAUUUAAUUUAAAUGAGUUAGUGUGUGGCAUCAGUUGUAUAAACACUGUCAUUAACAUAUUGUACCACUAGAUGAAGCAUAAUACAACAUUUACUCUCGAGAUGUCGGUGUACCUGUGUCUAGUUUUAAACUUUAAAAUCUGUUCUGCUGAUAUGCAGCUGUUUUAUGACCAGAGUAUAUUUGUGCUGCAAAAUAAAAUAAGGGCAAGAAUUUUAGAAGGUUACUAUUUUUUAUUAACAUAUGAAAACAUUAGUCAUGAUGUAUGAACAUUUUGUAUUCUGGUAUCAUCCAGUUGUGUAAAGACAGACAAUAAAGUGUUUCACUGUUUACCAAAACACAUGGUAUAUGUUUAGCUGUUUCUCUCUGACAGUAUGUGAUCGUAAGAGCCUACAAAUAUCUGUCUGCAGAACCUGUUGUAAGGUAUGCAAAU